AUGGCGCUGUACGUAACACUAAUUUCGGCGAAAGAUUUGAACGCCCGCAACCUGGCUAUGCUGCAACGUCCUCAGCGAACUAUUACACUUAGAGCGUAUCGCACUAUGUCGCAUACAGCGCCGUGUUUGCUUGCCGGUAGCGCGUCGUGGUAUCUCGAUGCCGAGGUACUUGCGGCGGCAUACUGGCGACGCAAAGAGGCGAGAGAUCGAGCGGCGGACACCGCUCAUCAUACGCACGAAGAGUACCCAGCUUGGGCGGAGCCUCGCGCCACGUUGUCCGCUGUAGUUGGGGCAGACCUAUCGCAGCCAGGCUUAGCACAAGCCGUGGCUGAAUGGAAGGCGGUCAGUACCUUCAGUGGUGCCGUUGUGGUGCUGAACAAAGCAGCAGAGAGGGAGCGGGAAGACCGCAUGCAGCACCAAGGGGGACUAACGGGUAACAGAUCGGGCAGUCUAUUACAGGUAACAACGAAGAGUUUCGUAUUGGAAGGGGUCUCUGGUGUUCCGGGGCGUCUACAGCAGAGAAUGGAGUAG